AUGUGACCAGUUACGAGAGCUCCAUGUAAGACUCAAGUCAAGAGUUGGCGAGAGUUGGACAUCAUCUGAACUGGGACAUCAUGAUUGAAAGGAUGCUUUCAAUACCGUUAGCAAUACCAAUUCUUUUCUCAGUCCUUGCGGUUUGUCAUGGGAAGGACAUGGCAUCUCAGCCGAACAUAGUCAUUCUUUUUGCUGAUGAUGUUGGCUAUGGAGAUCUCGAAGUCUACGGUCAUCCGACAUCGUCAACUCCAAACCUCAACAGACUAGCAGAAGGAGGGCUUGUGUUCAGUCAAUUCUAUGCAGGUGCUCCGGUCUGUAGCCCUUCGAGAGCAGCUUUGUUGACUGGUCGGUAUCCCACUCGGUCAGGAAUCUACCCAGGAGUUUUAGUCCCAACCAGUACUGGUGGCCUACCCCACAAUGAAACAACCAUCGCUGAGAUCGUCAAGACCAAAGGCUACAGCACAUCCAUCAUCGGAAAGUGGCAUCUAGGUGUUGGGGAGAAUGGAACUUACCUUCCAACCAACCAAGGUUUCGAUGAGUAUCUUGGAGUGCCCUACUCACAUGACAUGUGCCCUUGCCACAACUGCUUCUACCCGAAUGAUCCAUGUUGGAACACCUGUGACUCGGACUACACUUCCUGUCCUUUGUUCAACAAUACUGAUAUCUUGGAGCAACCAGUCAAUCUAACAACCCUGGAUGCUACAUAUGUCCAACGAGCUAAAUCAGUCAUUCAGAGAAAUGCCAAUGCGGGUACGCCAUUUUUCCUGUACUAUGCAUUUCAGCAUGCUCACCACCCGCAGUUCGCAAGCAAGGAGUUCCGCAAUGCCACGGCCAGAGGAACAUAUGGAGACUCACUUGCAGAGCUGGAUUGGUGUGUUGGUCAAGUGAUGGAGCAACUCAAGAUGAGUGGAGUCCUUGAUAACACUCUUGUCCUCUUUACAUCUGAUAAUGGACCCAGCCUGCGAAAUGAAAACAGAGGCGGGAAUGCUGGACUCCUCAAGUGCGGAAAGGGCACCACGUACGAGGGUGGACAGAGGGUACCAGCUAUCGCUUACUGGCCCCAGCACAUCGCUCCAGGUUGCACUACUGCACUGGCUAGCAAUUUGGACUUUCUACCUACCAUUGCCAAUCUUGUUGGUGCAGAUCUGCCUUCAGUAACUCUAGAUGGAGUAGACAUGGCACCUAUUCUCUUUGAGGGAAAGCAGGGUGCAAGGGACACGUUCUUCUACUACUUCACUGAGCCCAAUCCUAAGUUUGGGAUCUAUGCUGUCCGAUACAAUCAAUACAAGGCACACUACUACACUCAGGGUCAAAUCAACUCCAAUGAAUUCAACCACGAUGAGGACUGCCGGCCUUCCGCCACCCGGACACUGCACGAUCCUCCCCUGCUCUAUGACCUCGACCAUGACCCCAGCGAGAACUACAACCUCUCGUCGACAGAGUACGGUCCGAUUUUGGCCAAGAUUCAGGAGAUUAAAACGCAGUUCGAGAGCACAAUGGUCUGGGGUGAGUCCCAGGUGCUGAAGCCGAAGAGUUCUGCUGUUGAACCUUGCUGCAAGAAGGACUGUAUUCCCUUCCCAGAUUGCUGCCAAUGUCAUCAGCGAUCAUGGUCAUCAUUGCUUAAAUUAUCAACACAUGGCAGUAGAGAUGAUGACAAAUUAAGAUGGACUUUGCAUUGAUUAGAUUUUCAUUUGAUCUUGGACAUUGAGAAGGUUGAACAUCUUGAUCAUUGUGAAAUGUAAUGCAAAUCUAGCAAGUUAGUUUGUCAUGUGCUAAUAAAAAUAUUAAUAUUUAGUAUUUAUCAGGUGCCGAUUAUCUAGUUGUCUAUUCAAUGGCGCACUAUACAUGUAUAUUACCUCGGCUUUAGCAUCAGCUGCUAAAGGCGCUUGAUGCAUUCAAGGAAUUAAUCCUGCCAGGUACCCAUUCACUUCACCUGGGUUGAGUGCAGCAAAAUGUGGGUAAAUUUCUUGCUGAAGGAAAACACGACAUGGCUGGGAUUCAAACCCAUGUCCCUCUGAUUGAAAGACAGGAGUCGGAACCACAAGACCAGCGCUCCUCAACCGGUGGGCCGCGGAGCUCUCUCAGGUGGGCCGCGAGAAGCCCUUGAGAGAGAAAAAAAUAGGGGAAAAUCUUUAGUAUAUUUUACAGACCCGUUCGAACAUCUUAUGUCUGAUCGGUCUACGUGGGUCAAACAAAGAUAAGCAAGCUCAAUCAUGCAUGUCGAAAAAAUCUGAGAGUCAAAGUAGUCUUCAAGUAAAAAAGGUUGAAGAGUGCUGCACUUGACCACAACGCCUCCAGGUUAAACCAAACAUACAUAGAAUGUUUUUCAUGGGGAUAAAAUUAUUUCAUGUAUUGAAAAACAAAAGAAGUAGGCAGUGAGUGACGUCAUCAGCCCCCUCAUUCACAUACCGACCGGGAUGAAAAGCAAAACUUUAAAGUGUCAUAACUUUCUUAUUUUACAUCCGAUUUUGCUGAAAAUGUCAGUGUUAUGCAUGUUGAAUUUUUGUCGGGAUGGACUUGUCCUUUGAAUACAUCAUAAAGCAGACAGUUUUAGUUAUAUAUAUGUAUGAUUUAGUCUUGUAAACAUGGAUCAUAUAUACUUGACAUUAUUUCUGUCUUUCAUAUUAAUGGGUUAUCGCAAUUGUCAUAUGGAUGCCUCUAUUGUACUUCUAAGAGAUAUAUGUACAUGUAUAUAUAGAUGAUCAGUGUGAUUUGGUUUUGGUUUCCUACAAAUGAAUUUAUUACUACUAGGCCUAGGGUUCAUAUACAGACCGAACACUUUAUGAAAAUUUAAGCGUUGGUUUUAUAUUCAUUGCCCCACAACUCAGUGAAAUGCCACUUGAAAACAAAGCUUUUGAUUGGUUGAGAGAGUAUGUAUUGACCAAUAUGUGUACAAUGAAUGCAUCAAUAAUCUUCAUUGGUCAAUACCAUUUUGAGAAAUUAAUUGCAGUAGCUCUGUCUUACAAAGUCUAGGGCACUGUUUCACAAAGGAUACGUUCAUUUUGAUCAACUUCAGCCAUUAUUGUACAUGUACCCUCCAUGGAAACCUUGAUUUUGAUUGGCUGCUGAGCCAUGUUACCAUGGUAGUAACCAUGGAAAUAUACAAUUCAUUGCCAUUGAAUACAUUGUAAAGUAACCUGGAAGGGAAGGGGGAUGUUUCACAAAGAUUAGAGUCUGACCAAAGUCGCACUUAAAUCAGUUGUGUGUGGUUUGUGAUCCAUCACCCUUUUGGUUGGAUCAUGCAUAGUCAUUAAUGAGGUUUACACGUUAGAUAUCAUUUGCAUGUUGGCAAUAAGCACGACUCUUUAACUCACGCUAAACUCUUUGAGAAACACACUUUCUUGUGAAACCCCUGUAGCCGAGCGAUCAAUGUACAUGUACAAAGUUUAUAGCAAGUACAGAAAUUACUAAAGAGUGCAUUAAAGUGAUUUAAAUAAAUACAAAAUUUCAUAAUAAAAAGUUUAUUUUCACAUUCAUAAAGGUGAUGUCAUUGACAUCAUUACAAUAUAUUACAAAAUAGGAGUAUAUGAAUAUAUGAAUAAUCCAAAAUACAUGUACAUAUUCAGUGCAAUGGUUAUUAGAUCAUAUGCAUAUUGGAAACAAAUGUUAUUGAUUUGGAUGUGCUUCAUACUGAUAUUUAUUUUCCAAUAUGGACCCUGUUGCAUAAGAAUUAACAUUGAAUAAAACUUUGCCAUCAAUGGUAAAUUCUGUAAAAAUGAUGACGCUAGAGCUGUACAUACACCAUCGGGCGAUUUCAUGUCCGGUGUUGGCAUUGGUGUUGGUGUUGGAAUUUGGAUUGCUUCCCCUUGCUCCAAAGUCUAUUCUGAGUUUGUAAAACUGAUCCAGAUCACACUAUUGACAUCUCAAAAACUAGUGAGUGACUUUUCAGGACCAUCCUCAUUUUAUGUUUGGUGUUAUACUCGUGUAAAAAUUGACACCAAUAGGCCAACACUGAACUUGAAAUCACCCACUGUAGUUAGCAGUAAUGGUGGAGGUUCUUUGUCUUAUGCUACAGGGCUCCUUGUGUAGUCUGCCUUUAUUCAUCUGCCUUUUUAGGACAUUUGGAAUUACAUGUGUGGUUCAUAUUUGAUGUAAGAACAGUGGCAGAUCCAGGAUUUUCCAAAAAGGGGAGGGGCACAUUUUUCCGAGAAAAAAAAUUGACAAGGAAAAAAAGAAAAAAGGUUUUCCCUUUCAAAGGGGGGGGGGGGCACACUUCUGUUUUCACGGCAUUUUUACAUUGCAAAUUUCUCAAAAGGGGGGGGGGGGGGAGCAUGAUCCGCCAGUGAGUAAGAAUAUUUCUUUUUUCUAUUUGCCAGUACAUAUCAAUCUUUCUUUGUACUGACAUUUCACUGUGAAUUGAGUGUCAGGUUCACAUCACCUUAUUUGCAUGAAAUAUGAACCUGGUAUUCUUCACUUGCUAUAAAACGUAUCAUUCCAGAGUUAGUGUCUUGUCAACACAUUGAAACAGUGAUUUUUUAUUUAAAAAAAGAAGCAAAUUUGUGCAUUGACAUGUGCCACCAUUGUUCAUCAUAAUGAGAGGCUUAAUUGAGGGUUGGCCAUUUUUGCCUCGCCUGCAUAGCAGAGCGAGACUAUAGGCGCCGCUUUUCCGACGGCGACGGCGGCGUCAACAUCAAAUCUUAACCUAAGGUUAAGUUUUUGAAAUGACAUCAUAACUUAAAAAGUAUAUGGACCUAGUUCAUGAAACUUGGACAUAAAGUUAAUCAAGUAUUACUGAACAUCCUGCCUGAGUUUUAGGUCACAUGACCAAGGUUAAAGGUCAUUUAGGGUCAAUGAACUUAGGCCAUGUUGGGAAAAUUAUUUUCAAAAUCUUAACCGAAGGUUAAGUUUUUGAAAUGACAUCAUAACUCAGAAAGUAUAUGGACCUAGUUCAUGAAACUUGUGCAUAAGGUUAAUCAAGUAUAAGUGAACAUCCUGCUCGAGUUUCAGAUCACGUGACCAAGGUCAAAGGUCAUUUAGGGUCAAUGAACUUUGGCCAAGUUGGGGGUAUUUGUUGAAUUACCAUCAUAACUUUGAAAAUUUAUGGAUUUAGUUCAUGAAACUUGGACAUUAGAUUAAUCAAGUACCACUGAAUAUCCUGUGCGAGUUUCAGGUCACGUGACCAUGGUCAAUGGUCAUUUAAGGUCAAUGAACUUUGGCCGUGUUGGGGGUAUAUGUUAAAUUACCAUCCUAACUCUGAAAGUUUAUGGAUCUAGUUCAUAAAACUUGGACAUAAGAGCAAUCAAGUAUCACUGAACAUCCUGCACGAGUUUCAGGUCACAUGACCAUGGUCAAAGGUCAUUAAAGGUCAAUGAACUUUGGCCGUGUUGGGGGUAUUUGUUGAAUUACCAUCCUAACUCUGAAGUUUAUGGAUCUAGUUCAUAAAACUUGGGAUAUAAGAGUAAUCAAGCAUCACUGAACAUCCCCUGUGAGUUUCAGGUCACAAAACCAAGUCAAAGGUCAGUUAAGGUCAAUAAACUUAGGCCAUGUUGGGGUAAUUGUUGAAGUGCCAUCAUAACUUUGAAAGUUUAUGGAUAGAGUGAAUGAAAUGUGGACAUGGGUGUAGUUGACAGUCUUAAGUCUCCGUUCAAAUGUCAUUUAUGGUCAAUGAAUGUGGUAUUAUGUCAUAUGAAUGAUGUUUUUGUGAAUGAUUAUUUUAUAGUAGUUUUUCAUAGUUAGCACUGCUGCUAUAUUAAAUUGCGUAAUGCAGGCGAGACUGCCAGAGGCGUUCCACUUGUUUGUGGAGACAUACAAGAGAGCACAGGCCGCAAGUUUGCUUUGAAAAAUUGCAGAAAUAUUUGAUUGAACAGUGAUUCCCAAAUGCAGGGACUCAAGAAUGAGGCUUCAUCCGUAAAACUAUACCUGAGAUGCUGUGAAUACUCUUGUGAGGUUUAUAGUCGCAUUUAAUCACUCUUGAUGAAUGCACGGUGUUGAGAACAUUGGCCCGAAUUCACAAAGGUGGUUUUGAAAACCAUCGGUUGAACACAUAGUUUAUGCAGAUUUCCUGUAUAAAUUACACUUAUUUACUGCGUAUAUUAAAAAAUGUCCAAUACUGAUGUGCGAUUUUGUCACAGUGUGCCAAAUUGAUGCCUGUUGUCAUGUUUAAGUGCACUAUUUUAUUCAUGAGUUCACUUUUUUGAAGAGUGGACUCAUGAAUAAAAUUGCAUGCUUAACCAUGGCAACAAGCAUCAAUUUGGCAAACUGUGACAAAAACGUGCAUCACUAUUGGACAUUGUUUUAAAUAUACGUGUUUAAUAAGUUUCAUUUAUACAGGAAAUCUGCAUAACCCAUGGGUUCAACCAAUGGUUUUCAAAACCACCUUUAUGAAUUCGGGCCAUGAUUGUGGUCAAUCAGUUUAGUAAGGGUACAACUUGUGCGCAUAUAUUAUGAAAUGCACAAAUUCCUCACCUAUAUUGUAUUCCAGAUUAAAACUCUUGAUGUGACAAGAG